GGCAGUGUUUAUUAUCACACAGAUUUUCAGGAGUGGAUUCCCAUGUCGCAGGUUAUGGACACCAGUCUCUUUGUUAUCAAUGAAACCUCUCUAGAGCGAAUCCUCGUGAACGCUCGGGCAGGGAAACGAACGACAGUCAAUGCUACGAUAAUGCAGAACCAGCUUGUAUGGGUUUAUAAUGCACGUAGACUGUGGGGAACCUAUGCUACUGCGCUUGCAUUAGCAUUGAUAUGUGGUGCUGUUGGACUGGUGUGCAUGCUGAAUAAUGAUGAUAUCCGGGACCUGGCAUUCUCAGAUAUUGUCAGAGCCACUAGGAAUGCCGAGCUGGAUAGCAUCUUUGGCGGAGAGAUAGGCGCCGAUGCGAGAAACAAGGUGGUACUCCAAUACAAUACACAGAAGGGCGAUGGGACGGUUUCCGGAGGAUUCGUGGUGUUGAAGUCGUGUAAAGAGAGAUCGAGCUUUGAGAACAUGGCAUAAUGUAAACUGGAC